AUGGAAAACUAUACUCCAAUUGGGCCAUAUAAAUCUGCUUAUUUGAGGAGAAUCGAUUUGAGCUUAAAAGAAAAGCCUACUGAGCACAGCAGACAAGUAUCGUUUUCCAAGAUUUUUAAAGAUUUAUUUGAAGAUCAAGGAAGUUCGAUAAAAAAUCUACAUAAAAAGCCAGAUUUACCUCGGCAUCAAAGUGUCCCAAAAUAUGCAACUGUUAAAGAUCUAUCAUCAUCUUUUCGCAUUCGAGACAGUCCCCGAGAAGGUAAAAAAAAUCCUAAAGCUUUUUCUCCAAGUAAGUUGGAGCUAGAAGCUAAUAAAUCUUUAAUACUUAGUUCGUCUUAUACGAAGGUAAGUUUUGGCAAGAAAACUCCUAUGUUUCCAAAUGAAAGAAAAGAAUCACCGAUAAGUUUGUCAACCAAAAGAAUUAAACUAUUAAAACUUGAGCUUUUUCAGGACUCCAACAAUCAAAAUUCAAAAAGUUUUAUUAAAGAAAGUUACAAUAUGAAUACUCCAAAAUAUCAUAUUAAGCUGCCAAGGCUCAUCGGAAUCUCUCCGCGAUUUAAAUUGAGAAAUUUGUAA